AUGACAAACAAAGACAGUAAUAGGAUAAUAGUAUUUUGUAAUUCUGAUAUAAAUAAUCAUGAGAAGAAAGAUAGUAAAUUUGAUAGUAACAGUAAUACAAACCAUAUUCAAAUAAAUGAUAAAGAAAUAUCUGGUAUAUCAACAGGAACAUUCAAUGUUAAAAAUCUCAAAUUAAAUAAUUGUACAUUUAGUAUUAGAACAUCUAUAGAUGAUCAAUCACUAGGAAAUAGUUUAAGGCAAAAUAUGCAUAUAGAAGAUUGUACUUUUUCACAAAACAAAAAAAUACAGGUAUAUUUAAUAGUGAUACGAUUAAUGAAAAUGUAG